ACUUCCCCUACCCCUACCUCCACUCCCCACUUCACUUACCAGCCUACCAACUAUGGUUUCCUCAAAGACUUUCUCCAUCGUACACUCAAACAAGACCCUCACAUCUGCUUACGCGGAGAAACCAGACUCGUCUCCAGGCCACCUCGCAAAGACACUUUAUGAGGAGCACCACAUGAAGCUCCCGGGGUCUGGCGGCUACGCCGAGACCUUCGCCAGCAUAUUCAAGGGCGGAAAUGCCAACGAGAUGAAGCGCAUUCAGAAGGAAGUCGAUCCGUCUCCGGAGGACCUCGACAAGGUAGCGGAUUGCGGCAACUUUGGCAGCAGACCGAGCGAUCUUUUCCUAAAGAUGUACAACGACGUGCUCGAGACCCUCGAAGCAAAUCCAUGGGCUGGUCUAUGCUCUCCACCCCUAUUGGGAUCUCGCGGUGUUGUGAACUUGUCCAUCAUCUCCGUCAUCCCCGACAUCAUGCAGCACCACUACGACUGCAUCAUCCGCGCCGAGCAUGAGGUCUUCCUCGCCACCAACUUCUGGCAGUCCUCCAAAUCCUCGCGCAAGAUCAACGACGCCUUCAUCGAGCUCUCCAAGCGCGCCGAGCGCCGCGGCCGCAAGGUCGUCGUCAAGAUGCUCUACGACCGCGCCAACCUCAAGAUGCUCACCGAGUCGCACGUCGUCGUCGACGACAAGGAGAUGGCGAGCGCCGACGUGCAGCUCCCCGCGCGCGCCGAGAUGCCCUGGCUCGAGUUCGAGCUCGUCAACUUCCACCAGCCUUUGUUGGGCACGUUCCACGCCAAGUUCCUCAUCGUCGAUCGCAGGAUGGCGCUCCUCAUGUCCAACAAUAUCCAGGACAGGCCGAACAUGGAGAUGAUGACGCACCUCGAGGGCCCUGUUGUGGAUGCGCUGUACGAUAUGGCGCUCAUCAGCUGGUUUCGUCCGAUGCACCCGCCGCUGCCGCUCCUCGCCCAGCCGUACGCGCCGCCCGCGGACGGGUACAAGUUCGGGAUGGACAACGAGUUCUUCACAACGCGCAAUCUCGAUGGCUCCAGGGGCGCCGAGGUCUUCAAGAAGAUGGCGGCCGAGGCGGGCGGCGUGCCCGACGGCCACGCGGGUGAGGGCCCCGAGGGCAAGCUCGCUACCACCGGCGACGAGGGCCAGAACAAGCCCUUCAUCUCGGGCAUGUACCAGACCAUCACCGAGCACCUCAACGCAGGCGACCAAGACACGCCCGCGACGGUCGAGUACGCCCCGCCGCGGCCGGACGACGAGUACACGCCGCACGUGCUGCACGCGCCGCAUGAGGAGUGCCCGAUGGUGCUCGUGAACCGCGCGCCGAACGGGAAGCCGGGCAACCCGGACAGCGGGCUGCACAACGCGCAGGACGCGGCGUGGCUCGCGGGCCUGCGCUUCGCGGAGCGGAGCGUGUUCAUCCAGACCCCGACGUUCAACGCUGCGCCGGUCGUCGAGGGCGUGUUGAAUGCGGUGAGGCGGGGUGUGGAGGUGACGCUGUAUGUUGAUGUUGGGUUUAAUGAUGGUGGUGAGGUGUUGCCUGGGCAGGGAGGCACGAAUGAGGAGGUAUCGAAGAAGAUGUUUGCGCAGUUGAAAGAGGAGGAGAAGGAUCGGCUGAAGAUGUACUGGUAUUGCGGCAAAGAUCAGGUCAAGCCCCUGAAUGCAUCCCAGCAGAAACGCAACUGUCACGUCAAAGUCAUGAUCAUCGACGAGCACAUCGGCAUCCAGGGCAACGGCAACCAGGACACGCAGUCGUGGUACCACAGCCAGGAGGUGAACGUGAUGCUCGACAGCGCGGCCGUGUGCGCCGAGUGGCGCGACGCGAUCCGCCGCGUGCAGAACACGCACCUGCACCGGCUCGGGAACGACGGCGUGUACCGCGACACGGACGGGAACGUGCUCACGGACUCGACGGGCGUCGGGAGCGGGAUCAAGGGCGUGAUUAAGGGUAUACAGGGGAGUAUUGCGCGUGCGCGCGGGACGGGCGGGUUUUGAUAGCUGUGUUUGUUGUCUGGGUCCCGUGGGUCUGCGGGGACGGGGGACAUGCCGACAGAUGGGACAGACUGAGGACGUGAGUUAGAAGGAGACAGAUUAUUGUAUUCUAGCGCCAGUGUACCAUUUGAGCU